AUUUUUUUGACUGACAGCGUUCAAAUGGUUAAAUGUGUUCACAUCGACCUUCAUAUAAUAAAUAAAGCGCCCUUAUGGUGUGAAUUUUUGAAUAUAUUAUUUAGGCUUAUCGUAUGAUAAGUGUAACUGUAGCGCGAGACCGUUUCCCGUCCACAUCAUCCACCGACGAGAACGAAAGCGGCGCUGAAUGGGACACGCUGGUGGCGCCGCCCCCGCGCCCCGCGUACAUCCACCACCCGCCGCCGCCGCAGGCCGUCGUCGGCGGCGCCGUGCGCAAGCGGCGCGGCAACCUGCCUAAGCACGCAGUCAAGAUACUCAAGAGAUGGCUGUACGAGCACCGAUACAACGCUUACCCCAGCGACGCAGAGAAGCUGACGCUGAGCCAGGAGGCGAACCUGACUGUUUUGCAAGUAUGCAACUGGUUCAUAAACGCCCGCCGGCGCAUCCUUCCCGAGAUGAUCCGCCGCGAGGGCCACGACCCCCUCCACUACACCAUCUCGCGCCGCGGCCGCAAGCAGAGCUCCGCCAUGAUGGCCCCGCCCGGCCAGCACUUGCAGGCCUACAGCCAGAUGGGCAUGGGGAUGACCAUGGGAAACAUGGCUAUAGGGAGCGUGGCGUCCACGUCGGGCGUCGUCGUGUGGGAUGGCAUCGGGAUUGAUGCCAAUACCGAUCACAACCGUAGCCACGUGUACGGCGACGGUCUCCUGGUCUACCGGAGCGACGGAGACGAGUUGGUCGAGGAGUACUCCAGCAUCAGCGAGGAGGAGGUGAAGUACGACCCGUCCGUGUGGCAGUCGGUCAUCAGCUGCUCCAGCGAGAGGCUUCAGGAUGACAGAGAUCGGUCAUCAGCUGCUCCAGCGAGAGGCUUCAGGAUGACAGAGAGUGAGUUAUCUCUGUCUCUCUCACUAGACGAGCUGGUCGAGGAGUACUCCAGCAUCAGCGAGGAGGAGGUGAAGUACGACCCAUCCGUGUGGCAGUCGGUCAUCAGCUGCUCCAGCGAGAGGCUUCAGGAUGACAGAGAUCGGUCAUCAGCUGCUCCAGAGAGAGGCUUCAGGAUGACAGAGAGUGAGUUAUCUCUGUCUCUCUCACUAGACGAGCUGGUAGACGAGUACUCCAGCAUCAGCGAGGAGGAGGUGAAGUACGACCCGUCCGUGUGGCAGUCGGUCAUCAGCUGCUCCAAUGAGCUGGUCGAGGAGUACUCCAACAUCAGCGAGGAGGAGGUGAAGUACGACCCGUCCGUGUGGCAGUCGGUCAUCAGCUGCUCCAGCGAGAGGCUUCAGGAUGACAGAGACACCGGCGCCGUAGUAACAGUGUCCACAUCAGAAGAGAUCGACGUGGUCGGCAACUCUAAGCUAGAUGCCGGUGGCUGGCACCCGCAGCUGGCGCAUCUGCCGCAGCUGCCGCACCCGCUCCGCCGCGUCCAGGUGAGCCCGCCGCCGCCCGUCGCCGUUGAACUGGAGGUCGCUACUACUGAUAUAGAUGGGGACAGCGACAAGUUCAAGUGUCUCUAUCUCCUCGUGGAGACUGCCGUCGCCGUGCGUCAGAGGGAGAAGGAACAAGAAGAUCUUAUUGGUUAAAAUCGCGUUUGAAAUAACUGAGCGCCUACCGCGAAAAACUUAAAUCGAAAUUUCGUAUCGAGCGUAUUUUACUGAUAGAGGGGCAAAAAAAGAAAUUUCUGUUUUAGUAUUUCGCUGUAGCUCUGAUUUGAUUUUGCUAUUUUCUAGAAAAGUUGUAGGUAUGAUUUACACGUAAAGAGAUUCAAAAUAUUUUAGACGUAUUUUGUAACUGAAAGUAGAUGUUAUAGCGUUGUAUGGCCUCGUAUAUUACCUACAAUGCGGUGACAUAUACGAUAUAGUUACUACAAAAUGUAUAAAGACGUACAAACGUGCAUCGCCAUCUACUUUAGCAGUCAAAUUAGCGUCUACAAUGCUUUUACACUACUUUAUGCAGCUAAGUAUCCUUUGUUUCUACAACAUUUGUCUAAUAUCCAUUUUCUUAUUUGGUGCGUGAGAUUUUCUCAAACCUAAUAAGAUUUUAGGCACGAUCAAUAUUUCUUUAAGUUUCAAUUCUUAGUUAAGGAUAUAAAUCAUAUUUUAAGCGAUACAAUGUUAAUACAAGUGUAACCAAUUAGUUAAUAAAUGCAAAUUGAUUUUAGCUC